CUUUUUGCUGGAUUUUGGGUUAAAUCGUUAAAUGUUUUGUACCCCGUUUCAAUGUUCGUUGGAAUGGGGUUUGGAAUGAUGUUUGGUAUUGCGCCUACAAUAACCAACGAAUGGUUUGGUCAAAAGAGAUUUGGUAUUAAUUG